GGCGAGUUCAGGUGAGCAGUUGCUCGUCGGGGCGGCCGGCGGCUCGGGGCCCAGCAUGCGCGGGGGGCCCCGUAGCCACCAUGUACGUGGGCUAUGUGUUGGACAAGGAUUCUCCCGUGUACCCCGGCCCCGCCAGGCCCGCAGGUCUCGGCCUGGGCCCUCAGGCUUACGGCCCCCCACAGCCGCCCUCCGCGCCCCCGCAGUACCCCGACUUCACUGGCUACUCUCACAUGGAGCCGGGCCCCGCGCCCCCUGCGGCAUGGAGUGCGCCCUUCCCUGCACCCAAGGACGACUGGGCCGCCGCCUAUGGCCCAGGCCCCGCGGCCCCCGCCGCCAACCCAGCCUCGUUAGCGUUCGGGCCCCCUCCGGACUUUAGCCCGGUGCCUGCGCCCCCUGGGCCCGUGCCUGGCCUCCUGGCGCAGCCCCUCGGCGGCCCGGGUGCACCGUCCUCUCCUGGAGCUCAAAGGCGGACGCCCUACGAGUGGAUGCGGCGCAACGUGGCGGCUGGUGGCAGUAGCAGUGGUAAGACCCGGACCAAGGACAAGUACCGCGUGGUUUACACUGACCACCAGCGCCUGGAGCUGGAGAAGGAGUUCCAUUACAGCAGAUAUAUCACCAUCCGGCGGAAAUCAGAGCUGGCUGCUAAUCUGGGGCUCACUGAGCGGCAGGUGAAAAUCUGGUUCCAAAACCGGCGGGCAAAGGAGCGCAAAGUAAACAAGAAGAAGCAGCAGCAGCAGCCCUCACAGUCACUACCACCAACCCUUGAAGUCACCCCGACCCCAGCUGGGCCACCCCUGGGGGGCCUGUGCUCCAGCUCUGCCAACCUCCUGGGCACCUCCUCCCCAAUGCCUGUCAAGGAGGAGUAUCUGCCAUAGGCCCUGCCCAGUCUCACAGGCCUGGGGACCUGGGGACUCGGGUACUGGGACUGUGCCUCC